AUGACUUCUGCAGAAUACACAGCGUAUCUUCUUGGCGCUGAGUUAGGGCAGGGCGCGACGGCCAUGGGUCUGACAGGGGCGGAGGGGUUGUACUCGAACAAUUCGCUGAACAUAACGGCGCAGCCGGCAGACAAGGGCAUGGUUACGCCGCAGCUGGUGGACACGCCGAACACGCUGAAGAGCAGCAAGACACAGCUGGGCACGCCAACGGCGAUGACGGACCUGCUGGCGAUGCUGGACGACAACACGGCGUUCUCUGACAUGGUGCAGCAGCAGGAGGAGCGGCAGUGGGACCUGGAGCGGCAGCGCAGCAAGUUUGCAGCACAAGCGGCGAGCGCGGUGACCAGCGGGCGCACGACGACGUCGACAGAGCUCUCGCCGCAGAUGCUGCUGCAGAGCGAGGUGGGCGGGGACUCGGGGCUGCUGGACAUGGUGCACGACGAGCAUACGUCGCUGCUGCCGCUGCAGCAGGCGGAGCAGCAGUUCAUCAACCCGAACCUGCUGAGCAGUGGCGCAGGCUCGUCGAUGUUUGCGGACGACGGCCUCAUAGACGAGCCGAUUGCGCACGGUAGCGCGUCCCAGCUGAUCAUCGACGAGAUGGCACUGUCGCCGGGGCAACGGCGCCUGAGCGAUGUGGUAACGGGUUCAAUUCCGCACCAGCAGCACUCGCGAGGGUCCAUAUCCCACCAGGUCGACUUCUGGAACAUGUCGAACGAGCGGCAGUCGAUAUGCAGCAGCCACAGCGCGACCUAUCCACAGCGUAAUUCCAUUGAUUUGAUGUCUUUUAAGAAGUCUCCAACGCCGAACAUGCUAUCGGGCGUAUCGGGCGUCAACAUCGACAGCACCACGCCUGUUGCCACGUCGGCCACGGGUCAUAUGACCACCGCGAGCUCGUCGCACAGCAACUCGGCCACUGCCGUCGGCACGGUCGCGCCAUCGGUGUUCAAGAUCGACAACGAACUAACACAACUACUGAACGAAUACAACAUUAACUUCAAUGCACCCUCGAAAACAGCCUCUACACGGAUGCGGGCAGGCUCCCUCAAUCCGACCGGCUCGGCAGCACCAACCACCUCGGCCUCAGGCUCUAAUAUAAUAUCGUCUGCCAUGGCCGCUGCCUCCCGGCGGAGCAACUCGGUCUCGGAACCGCACCGUGUACAAAAGCACCGUGCAUCUAUGUCUGUCAUAGAUGGCGCAAAUCCAGUGCUGAUGGACAAGCUGUAUGGGGACGUGAACAAGGUGAAACCUGUUCAAUGGGAGAGUGCAGUGAUGUCGGACGACGAUGACCACGAGGAGCAGCGUCUGUCGGUCGCGCAGCAGCUUGAUCCAAAAAGCCUUCCGGGCGCGGGCACAUUUAUCACACCCGCUGUGCUUGACGGCCUCGACAAUACAUCCUAUGACAUGCGUAAUCCCUCCUAUGUUGUUCCGACGCGGCGCAAACGUGCCAGCGUCUCGAAGGCUUCGCGCGCGAGCAAGAGUUCCUCGCCCCUUGAAGAGGAGGAGAAGCCAUUUAAAUGCCAAGAAUGCACCAAGGCCUUCCGCCGCAGCGAGCACUUGAAGCGCCAUAUACGCUCUGUGCACUCAUCGGAUAGGCCGUUUCCGUGCACCUAUUGUGAUAAGAAGUUCAGCCGCAGCGACAAUCUGUCGCAGCAUCUCAAGACACAUCGCAAGCAUGGCGAUAUAAAAGACACGCCACCAACCACCAAGAAAGGCUGA